AUCGGUCGGUCGUUGGUUUUCUUGUCGCGAACAAUUUCGAUAAAUUGUUGAAAGAAAAAAGACAACUAAGAGAAACGAAAGUGUGUGGGUGUGAGUGCAAGAGAAAUAUUUGAAAGACAUCCAGAAAAAUGAAAGCGUUUAUUGUCGCCGGUGUUUGUUUGUUCGGUCUGCUCAGCCUGGGCACGGCGCAAUUCCAAAAUGGACGUCUGGAGCCACCAAAUCCGCAGCUGUGUGCCCAGCGCAUAAUUCACGAGAAGACACCCGAUGGCAAAGGCUACUUCUUCUCGUGGCGUGACCCACAAUUGAAGGGCGUGGAGGAGGAUUGGCUGAGUGCCAGAAAUUAUUGCCGCAGACGUUGCAUGGACUCCGUUUCGCUGGAGACCAGUCUGGAGAAUGAAUGGAUCAAACAACGCGUCGUGGGCGAAAAUGUGAAAUACAUCUGGACCAGUGGUCGUCUGUGCGACUUUAAGGGCUGUGAACGUCCCGAUCUGCAGCCGACGAACAUCAACGGCUGGUUCUGGACCGCCACACUGCAGAAGUUGGCACCCACCACAGAGCGCGGCCAGGGCGAUUGGUCGCCCACCGGCGGCAUUGGACUGCCCCAGCCCGAUAACCGUGAAUUCAAGCAGAAUGGCGCACCCGAAAACUGUUUGGCUCUGUUAAACCAGUUCUACAACGAUGGCGUCAACUGGCACGAUGUUGCCUGCCACCACAAGAAGUCCUUCGUCUGUGAGGAGAACGAUGCCCUGCUGAAAUAUGUGCGCUACACAAAUCCCAAUCUGCGCAUCUAAAUUGCUCAAUUGGUAGCAGCUGGAAUUAGGUGUGGAGUUGGAGUUGGAGCCCAGAGCAGCUACUCCAAAUAAACCAAAAAUGAUAUUUUAUGUAGCUACCACAUACAUUAGUAUAUAUGCAUGUGUGUAGAUGUGUGUGCUUCUGUGCGAACAUGCUCAUGUACUUUUUGCUAGUUACUCUAUGAUUAUCUUUUCAACUUCUGGCUAUCCUAUUUGUCUUACGUAUGUAUUUUUGUAACCCUUUCCCAGUCUCUGUGCUCUUCCCCAUCAAU